AUGUCGCUCCGCUUCGGCAAUCGCCCCGUACUCGUCGUCUCCUCCGCGGAUGCUGCCUGUGAGAUAAAGAAAACUCAUGAUGUCGCAUUCUCAAGCAGACCGAAACUCAGCGUCUUUCGAAAGCUUCUCUAUGACUGCAAAGAGGUCGGAUCCGCACGUUACGGUGAGUACUGGAGGCAAAUGAAAAGUAGAUGCGUACUGAAUCUUUUAAGUAACAAAAGGGUUCAAUCUUAUCGAGCUAUAAGAGAAGAAGAAACGGCUCUAGCAAUGGAGAACAUUCAAAAGUCUUGCUCUUCGGGUUUGACGGUGAACCUAAGUGAACUCUUUCCUGCAAUUACAAACAACAAUAUCGGGGAUUAUCUUCCAUGGCUUGCGUGGGUAAGCCAUGUUAAUGGAUUCAAUGCUAAAGCUGAUAAAUUGGCGAAGGAGUUAGAUGAAUUUCUAGAUAGAGUGAUCGAAGAACACAUGAAUCGGCAAAACAAAAAGAUAUGUCUGCUUCAGAACGAGGUCCGUAAAGUUUCCUCUGGAAAAUCGAGCAUAUCGGAGGACGAUCUCGACAACUUGCACUACCUAAAAGCAGUGAUCAAAGAGACUCUCCGUUUACAUCCUCCAGUUCCACUGUUGCUUCCAAUAAUAUCAACAAAAGAUGUGAAGAUCCAGGGCUAUGACAUAAUCGAAGGAACUCAAGUUAUUAUCAAUGUUUGGGCAAUCGGAAGAGACCCAUCGUCAUGGGAGAAACCAGAAGAGUUUAUUCCGGACAGGUUCUUGAACAAUGCCAUAGAUUUCAAAGGACAUCAUUUUGAGUUGAUUCCCUUCGGUUCUGGAAGGAGGAUUUGUCCGGGCAUCCUGUUUGCAAUGCAAAUAAACGAGGGUUUCCUAGCAAAUCUGGUGCACAAGUUCGAUUGGUCUUUGCUUGGUGGAGCAAACGACAAGGAUUUGGACAUGACCGAAUCCUUGGGCCUCGCCAUACACAAAAGCUCCCCUCUAAUUGCUAUUGCCAACCAAUGUUCUUUCUAGUGCAAAAGUCUGCUACAUAGUAC